GCCCGUGCAAUUUGGCACCGGCCACACCAGAUGAUCUGCUUCCUUUUUGUUUCUGCUCUCCAUACACAAAGAAACCUUGAUUCCCUUCGGAGUGUUAUUUCCUUCCUUUCUGCAGCUGGCUCUUGGCUGUAGGUUCUCCUCGUGAAGCACAGCGUGCCGACGCUGCUGGAUCCAGACAUGAGCAGCAGCAGGGCGCUCCGCAGCAGCCCGGACGAUCCGUCCUGGGUGCUGGACCUCGGCAACCUGACCGCCGCCCUGCUCCCCGAGGGCUUGGUCCUGCAGCCCGUGUGGGACCACCUCCAGCAGCACCAUCAGCCCCUCCUGCGCAGCCCGCUGUUUCCCGUGGUGCUGUCCGUGUCCACCUACUUCGUCCUGGUGGGUCUGUACACCGGCCUGGACCUGUUGGCGCCCACCUGGCCCUGCGUCAACCGCUACAAGCUGCACCCGCAGCGCCCCGUCACCUCGGCCCACGUCUGCUCCACGCUGGGCGUGACGCUCUACAACCACCUCGUGUACAUCUUCCCGGCCGCAGUGGCCCAGUGGCUGUGGCGGCCGGCCACUGGGCUGCCGCGCCAGGCGCCCACCCUCUGGGAGUUCCUGCUGGGGAUCCUGGGCUGCACCGUGGUCUUUGACUUCCAGUACUACCUGUGGCACCUGCUGCACCACAGGGUGCCCUGGCUGUACCGGACGUUCCACGCCGUACACCACCAGUACAGCCAGCCGUUCAGCCUGGUCACCCAGCACCUGUCUGGCUGGGAGCUGUUCAGCGUGGGCUUCUGGGCCACGGUGGACCCCGUCCUGCUGCGUUGCCACUGCCUCACCGCCUGGGGCUUCAUGGUGUUCAACAUCUACGUGUCCACCGAGGACCACUGCGGCUACGACUUCCCCUGGGCCAUGCACCGCCUGGUGCCCUUCGGCCUGUGGGGCGGCGCCCCCAAGCACGACGCCCACCACCAGAAGCCCGCCACUAACUUUGCUCCUUUCUUCUCCCACUGGGACUGGCUGGGGGGAACCAAUACCUCCACCACCAGCAGCACCCUCUCAGGAACCACCCCCACCCUCAGCACAGAGGAGGAGGUAAAGGAGGAGAUGAAGGGAAGGAAAGACUAAACUACAGACGAUCCACCUUGUCCCUUAGAUCACCUCUUAGACCCCCCCCUCACCACAUUCUGUAGGUUCUCGUGGUUCUCAUGAAUGAUCCUCCAUUUGGCUCUAUUCCUAUUCCGUUGUUUUUACCAAACACUCUGACUUUAACGCUUUUUCAGGAAUGGGUUUGUUUUUGAUUAUGCGUCUGGUAAGGGAUUCAUAUAAUCAGCUUGCAUAUUGACAUACCUUUACAUGAUGUACUCAUCUUUCAUAGAGAUGUUUGAGUUUCAGUGUUAUUCUUGUAUGUAUUCUCUCAGGUUGUUUUUGCAUUUGGUGUUGGGUGUUUUCUAUGCUAUCUCUUGAGAAAAAGCAGAACUACUUUCUGGAACCUGUUUGUGGAAAUUAUAUUCCCUGUGUUUGCUCUUACUCGUCAAGCAGAAGCUUUUUAGUCACUAGAGAGACAUUAAACAUGUACUCUUUAUGCUCCCUAUCAGCGGUGAGCAGUCUUGCUUGCUCAAAAUGCAUGGACGGAUGUCCUGGUGGCCAGUAUGGGGUGUGGGGAAAAUACUAAUUAAUUUUUGCUAACAUUGGUUUGAAAGCUCUCAUUAGCAGAAACCUUUCUAAAAUUCACAAAAACAGGCACUGUCGUGAUACAUGUUUGUCAAAAAUAUUGCACAUUGAUGAAUUUAUAAACUUAAUGUUGGAAUUUGUUAUUAAUACAAACAUAUACUUGUGUUAUUUCUUCUAUUUAUUUGAAUGUAUCUAAUUGUUAAAACGAUUGCCUAUCAUAAUGAUGAAAAUAUUUGAAAGCUCAAAAAAAUAUUUGAAUACCUAUUCAGUAGUAUUUGACUGCUGAACUAAAUUGAAUCAUCUAAACAUAUUGAGUACAUGAUAUGAAAUGAAUCGAUUUAGACAGCAGAGGUCGCUAGAGGCUUGAUGAAUAUACAAUUCUGCAGCUGCAUAAGGUAGGCCUGCUUGUGUAGUUGAAUUGCCCAAUAAUAAAAUGGUUUUAUUUUA